GUUGCCCACCGUGAAAACGAUUCGAUCUUCGCAGUUUACAUUCAACUAUCCUGUACUUCGAAUAUCCACGAUGAAGGCUCACUUGCUGAUAAUACUUUUCGUUGCGAGUACUUAUGUAGAAGGAAAAUAUAAAUUUUGUGGGCCAGAAUCAAACAAUGUCUGUCAAAGCAUAGAAAAAGGCGAUAGCGAAAUUGAAUGCUCUCUUGUAAGUGAUAGUGCUGAAUGUGCAAUACGUCUAGCAAAUGGCGAAGCAGAUUUCGGUAUAUUUAAUGCAGAUGCAUUAUUACUGACCUAUCAAUUCUAUUCCGACGAAAUCGUACCGAUCUUCGGACUGAGGCACAGGGACAAAACUCAGCAGAAAUUUGAAUUUCAAUCUGUGGCUGUAGUACCUUCAGACUUCUCUGUUGAAAUUAACAGCGGUUUUGAAAGUUUAGAAAACGCUGGUCUUUGUCAUCCUGGAUUCAGUAAAGCACAGUGGUGGAACGAUUACAUUUUGAAAUAUUUUGAAAAAAACACGUACAAAGCUGAUUGUCGAGAAAAUAUAACUGCGAUAGAAAAUGAAUUAGAAAAUAUUAGAUCGUUUUAUGGUAAAGCCUGUAGACCAGGUGAUUGGGCAUCUGAUGUUGAUUUUAGUGAUGCUCUUAAGAAGAAAUACCCUGAACUUUGCGCUUUAUGCGAUGAUACGACUGCCUGCAAGUAUACAAAUGAAGAUAAACAUGGUCACAUAGGUGCUUUAGAUUGUUUAACAUCGAGACGAGGAAAUGUAGCGUACGUAGCACUCGAAUACGUUCAUCAAUACUUCAAGGAAGAUCAAAAAACUCAGUAUCAAUUUCUGUGUCCUGAUGGAUCCCUUCAGAAUUUAACCAGUAACAAUCCUUGCGCGUGGAUCAAACAACCAUGGAGUGCAAUUGUUGCUAGAAAAAAAGUGGCAGAUGAACUUACAACAAACUUUAAUCGUUGGUUCUGGGGGUCAAAAACAUAUGCCGUUGAAACAUGGUCAGAAUCUUUAAAAAGAUUUAUAGAAGAAGACAGCGUCAUUACAAAUAUUACAAAACCUACGUCUUUAGUUACUUAUUUGGCAGAAGGAAGAAAGGAAAUAAGACUUUCAGACGUAAAAACUUGCGGCAAUGUUAUUCGUUGGUGUACUACAAGCAUUCUCGAGACAGCAAAAUGUGAAUGGAUUGCGAAGGAAGCGAUAGCUCUUGGUAUCGAACCGAAAAUUUCUUGCUGGCAAACCAAUUCAACAUUCGAAUGUUUCCGUGACAUUGCUGAUAAUAAAGCCGAUAUCAUUACUAUCGACUCAAAUUAUGGAUACUUAGCACGAAAAGUUUACAAUUUAACAUCCAUACUCUAUACUGACACCAAAAAACAAACGAUGAAGGAUAACAUGAUCAUGGCUGUUCUUCGGAAACCCGAAGAUGGAAACUAUCCGAUCAAGAAUUUUCAGCAAUUAAAGGGUCAUACAGCUUGUUUCCCUGAAUAUGGUGCAAUCGCUUGGUUGAGUUUCAUUAAUACUGCUCGAAUGAAUCGCAUUAUUUCGUCAGGCUCUUGCAAUUAUCCUAAACUCCUCAGUAAUUUAUUCUCUGGCACUUGUAUGCCCGGUAUAAACAACAGUAAUCACGGGAACAGUAUUAUCAGCUCGAAUAUUAUAAACAAGCUUUGUUCCGUUUGUCCGAAAAAGAAUGAUACUGAUUGUACGGCAAAUAGUGGCAAUUCUUAUUAUGGCGAUGAAGGAGCACUAAGAUGUUUAAAUGAAGGAGCCGGUGAUAUAGCUUUUGUUGAAAUCGGAAAUAUAAAAAAAGAGAAAAACAAUCUCAAUCAAUAUCACAUUUUGUGUAAAAAUGGUAGUUUGGCUACAACACCAGGAAUAAAUUUGGAUAAACCAGAGCUUUGUGCUUUAUCCGUAACCAUCGAUAGUGAAGUGGUUAGUCGAAAAAAGAAUGCAGAGAUCGAUUCCUUGAACGCAAUUUUAUCCUUAUUAAAACUUCAAGAUUGGUUAGGACAUCGCAUUAAUACAGAGAGAAUACUCCAUAUCUAUGGAAAAUUUAAUGGCACCAAUGAUCUUCUGUUUAAAAGCUCUACUAUUGGUUUAGAAUCCACAACAUCAAAGAUUGAAUCUGUAUUAGCUUAUAAAGAACUUUUUAAUCAUGUUGACGAAUGCUCAUCAGCUGGAUUACUAAUGUUUUCAAAUAUUACUCUAAUUGCAUUAGUUGUAAUUUCCAUUUAUUUUAUAAUAUAAAGCUAAUAUUAAAUUAUAAAUUGUAAGUACACAUACUUUAAGUAUGCGUAAGAUUCAAACACAUUGUAUAUUCUUUUAUAAGAAUACAAAAGUAAUAAUAAAUGACACUUGUCAAUUUUUAUUGUUUCUAA